AUGAGGUCCUUAUUCUCCGCGGGUAGUGAUACCAACAUGGACUACGACUAUGUCCAAAAGGAAUGCCAGGGUGAACUCACAAGCUUCCUUCAAAAUCAGUGGAGCCAACGAGAAGCCUUCUCCUCGUUUAUGCCCGAAUCAGCCAUCAGCUCACUGGGAGAACAUGGCAUAGCCCUGGAGGUCGCCGGCAGUGCCUAUCCCGCCCACGAUUCGUUCUCCCCGGUAUCCAGCGACGUCACCAUGGCUCACUCGCCCCCGACAAGCGAGGACUCCCCACCAGCCGCCGACAACUCGAUACCCGAAUGCAAGAUCUGCCGGUGGAAGCCGGACACGAGCGUGAAGAGGUCGUUGAAGAGGCUGGCGGCGGCCGUGGAGAAGCACAUCACGCGCAACCACAGGAGCAAGGACUCCCAGUGCCCCAUCUGCUACCAGGUCUUCAAGAACCGGCCCGACAACGUGAAGCCCCACGUCGCGAGGAAGCACGCCGACAUGCUCGCCUCGCUCUACCAGACAAAGGCAGUGCUGGACGGUCCCCCGCACGAGAAGCCAGGCACACUGGCCAAGACAACCUCGCCGAAGAGGAAGGCUAGUCAGUCCGCCUCUCCCGGGCUUGGGAAACACGUGCGGUUCCAGCGGGGCUGA